AUGGAUAACGGCUUGAUUGAAUAUCCAACUGGAUUCGGGUCAAAAGACAUUGUUGCUUAUGGAAACACUGGCAUGGUCUGCCUUGACGCGGCUUCCCAGACUAUCAUCAAAACACCGCAUGACGAGACACAUGCCGACUCCCUUCAGGUAGAAAGGCGCAUCUACGAACGGUUCGAAGAACGUGGUGGCCAUGAAGGACUCUUGCGAUAUCAUGGGCCUUUUGAUAGAUUCGGUAUACGCCUUGAGUACGCACCUGGAUUCAAUCUCUGUUCAACUCUUUCUAGUCGCAUGGACAUCAGCUUUGCCCAAAGACUCCGUUGGGUGCAGCAAAUAACAGAUGCACUUUCUUUCGUUCACUCCGUUAGAGUCAUUCAUGGAGACCUAACCUGUAGCAAUGUCUUCCUGACAAAAGAACUAGAUGCUAAGCUGGGAGACUUUGGAGGGUCCUCACUUGACGGAUCUAGUCUACUAGUUGCGGUAACCGAAAGUCACCGGUACCCGGGAGAGUUAUUAUCAACACAUGCUGACAUUUUUGCUCUCGGUUCUGUGAUUUAUCAUAUCAUGACAGGAACCGCUCCAUACCAUGGUCUUUCAGACGAACAGAUUGACACCCUCUUCCAAAAAAGCGAGUUUCCCAGCACUAUCUCGCUUGGGCCGGUUGGGCAAGUUAUCACGAAGUGCUGGCAAGCAAAAUACGACAGUGCUGAGGCUGUGAGCAAUGACAUCAGAGGUAAUGAGUGA